GUUCCUAUCAGCACACAACCACGAUCGACGGCACCCAGUAGUCCGCGCGUGCUGCCGUACCUCCGCCACCGCGCGCCAUGGUUCGGAGAUGCGCGACGGAAGCGAUGUAUACGGAGGGAUUGGAGCUAUGUACGUUGCUGCGGUCGGUUCGAAAAACGAUCAGGCCGUGUGACACGACCGACCCCCGUCACGACGAGGCAAGUGGGUGUGUUACCUUGCACGCCAGGAAAUAAAGAAACGCUCGUGUCUGGCUCGCAUUCGCCGGUGGCGCCGUGUCUGCGAUGGAGAACGCGAACGAGACUCGGGAAGGGCGCGACUGGCCGCAGAGCACACCCAGUGUUCCAGCGAUUCCCGCCGCAACGACGUCAUGUUCUGUCAAGUAAGGUGGAAUUUGCGACUGGCGCAGACUUUAUACUUGGCGUUUGUAUACUGCGUGGUGAUACGGCUAAUUUAUUAUGUAUCUAGUAGUACUUCACCGCGCGUUUUCGGCAUUUUCGAUUUCGGCCCGCGGUAGAGUAUGAUGUGGAACUACGGCAUGGUGGUGCCGGAAGUGACGGCGCUGCAUCGUGCGGUGCGAGGGACGAACAACCAGUUGAACUGCACCACGUCCACUAUAUGCCCAAGCGAUGUCCCCACUACCGUUGGAUGUGCACACGUCGACACGUCGACCCAGUCGAAUCAACCCAUCACAUACAGGUCCCUUGUCCUUGUCGACAUGCACAACCAACGCAACCAUAAAUUCAAAGUCAAGCGCCAGUUCCUCGAGAUCCGCGGACACGUCCUCUUCCUCGGCAAGCACCCCGCAGCGAUGACACACCUUCUUCACAUCGACGACGUCUCUGCCAUUGAACCGUCAUGUCUCGAACCCCACAGCCUGCUCAUCGUGAGCGCAAGCAUCUAUAUAUUCCUUGCUCUCGCAGACGAGCGGGAGUUCUUCAGGUGGAGAGCGCUGCUGCGGCAUGCCCGGCCCCUCGGAUAUGAAGGCACGUUGCAGAUCAAGAGUCACAAAGACGCCCCGACUCUGGAGACGACGCUGCGAACAGAUUGGAGUGUAGCCGAGUGCAUGAGACAUAUGGGACUGGAAGACGACAAGUAUUGCAUCAACGUGAAUGGCACGAGCCAGUACUGGACCGACCCGUCUGCAUCUUUGGAAGACUUUGCUACGCCAGGAACGCCAUUGCUGCUCACGGCAGUGCCAUAUCCCGACCCUCACAUGUUGACUUCGACAACGUCGACAAGAAAUGCGUUGAACGUUCGCCUGCACAAGAUCUGCAAUGUGUUUCAGCAACUUGUCGACGUCAAGAAUGGCCAGCGACACCUCGCAAAUCGCCCGGACAACGCUGCACUUGUGCUUCGUUUGGAAGUUACCGAAGGGUCGCAUGUGCAUUGCACCGUCGACACGGCGCCGUUCUCGCUCAUGCCCGACAACAGUCGUCACCUCGAAAACGUGUGGUACACGCUGUGGAACGUCGAUACUGCUUCGUUGUCGUCGUCGUGGCGGCUUGUCUGCACUGCAUAUGCCGUGACAGUGCAACCCGAAGAUGAUGGGCCAGGAGAUGAUGCCAGCACAUGGAAAAAAGUGGCAACCACAGGGAUGCAGCUCCGUCACGUGGACGGCGAGCUCGUCGAUGGCCAGUGCCACCUGCAACUGCUCAACUCGACUUUCGAUUUGCAGCAUGGGCCUCUGCCGCUCGGAGUAGCCUACGGAGCUCCGUCCCUGCAUAUGGAAUGUGCAUGGAAAGACGUGGAGUUUGCCCGCCAGCCGAGCCGAGUGCUCUCUACAGCCAUGAGCGAUCCCGCCAUCAUGAAGCAAGGAUUUGUCUACCUCUUGCGAAGCAGUGGUGGCUCAAGUCAUGGAAAGCUUGGCGCACUGUGGGCACAAUGGAAUUCCAAGUGGUGUGUGGUGACAAACCACGGCCAUAUCGUUCUCUACCCGCCGCGUCACGAUGGCAACCAAGUUGCUGGCUCUUCAGCAUCCAAUGCCACAACUUAUUCUCUCACGAGUGCAUCGAGCUUUGACGUCGCGGACAAGCUUAACUCUUCGAGCCGUCGGUCGAGUCGUGCUGGAUCCAACUCGACGCGCAAAGUGUACACGACGUACGCGUUCACCAUCGACGUGGACGCGACCACGACCCUUGUCUUAGGGGUCGCAACGCGCCAUGCACGCAACGACUGGCUGCAUACACUUCGCGUGGCAACGUCUUCCGUGACAUCGCGCAAGAGCAUCGACAUGCACUGGAGCUUUCGGGGGACGAGCCUUAGCGACGACGCCACUGCGUACGACGACAGUGCGACAAUUUCGACCGUGUCAUCCCUUCCAUGGCUGCUGGAACGCAUGGCACAGGACCCAUUGUUUACCUUGAGCUCGUACCAGAGAUCGCUGCUGUGGCAGCAUCGCCAGACAAUGCCCAAGACCUUUUCUGUCCUGCCGCGCUUGCUCACGUGCCGUGAAUGGAUCCUCCCUGCCUACCACGACGACCUCGCGAUGUUGCUUGAGUCGACGAUGCCACCGGCGCACCCGACCGAGUACAUUAUUCUGCUUGGUCGACCGCUAGCCCAUUUGUCCAUGGUACGAGAAUUUGCCAUUGAAAAGCUCGACGUAGCCCUCGACAACGCCGCGCUCGCAACGGUGUUGCCUCAGCUCGUGCAAUGCAUGAAGUGGGAACCGUACGCAGCCAGUCGGUUGGUGACGUGGGUGUUCCGCCGGGCAAUAGACGCCGCGGUGGUGCUGGGUGCGCCGCUCUUCUGGGCGCUGCACGUUGAAACGUUUGUGCCUCAAUACACGCAACGAUUCCAGUUGCUGGAACAGGCCUAUUUGAUGGCGGCGGGUCGGUCGAUGCGCCGAAUGCUGGUCAACCAAUUGGAGCUGUGCCGCGAGCUGCAUCGGCUUGCGCGGGACAUGCAAACGGCAGUCGUGACAUCGACGUCGUCGGGCGUAUCGUCGUUGGAUUCCCUGUUGCGAUCGCGGUUGUGUGCGUUAAACGUGUCGUAUGCCGGACGUGUUUCGCUGCCAUUGCUCUCGAAUUGCACUUUGGUCGAGUUUUCCACGUCGGAGUGCCGGGUUUUGAAAUCGACCAAACGGCCGCUAUGGCUCACCCUGGAGACUGCAGCCCGUACCAAGGUCAGCGUGAUUUUUAAAGCCGGCGACGACGUGCGCCAGGACAUGGUGACGCUCCAGUUGUUUGGCUUGAUGCAACAACUCUGGGAUGACGCCAACAUCCCGACCCAACUCCAGUUGUACGGGUGCAUCGCAACGUCGCCGACCAGCGGCAUGGUCGAAGUUGUCGGCGAUGCCGUCACGACCGCCGCCAUCCACAAGGAAGGCGGGUUCCUGGGACCCAUGCAAGAUAUGCGCUUUGCCAAAUGGAUCGAGUCGCACAAUACGUCGCCCAAGCAGCACAUGCAAGCUCUUGACUUGUUUCGCCGGUCCGCUGCCGGGUACUGCGUUGCAACUCACGUCCUCGGCAUUGGCGAUCGCCACAACGACAACAUUAUGAUGACGCGGAGAGGCCAGUACUUUCACAUUGACUUUGGCCACUUUCUCGGGCACUGCAAGUAUCAUAUGAACUUCAAGCGCGACCAAACCCCGUUUGUCUUUACGAAAGAAAUGGCGUUUGCGCUGGGUGGGACGGACUCGCCGUUCUAUUUAUCGUUUGUCUCGCUCUGCGGGCGUGCAUUGAACGAGCUCCGCCAGCAUGUGCAUUUGAUCACGACAUGGCUUGUCCUCAUGCUGCCCGCCAACAUGCUGGAGCUCCAAGACAUGCACGAUAUUUAUCACGUCGUUGAGGCCCUCGUCGUGGAAUUCACUCCCACGGAAGCGGCGGCGGACUUCGCGGGAAAAAUCCAAGCCUGCCUCGGCGAUCCCUACAAGCGAAUUGACAACACUAUCCACAAUCUUGUGCACUUGUUGCGUCCGUGACCCAUUCAGUAUUUAAUUUUUUGUCACGUCGCGACUCUGGAGAUAUUACGAUAGUCCAACGAAUUUUCCACUCCUCGAGGAAAGAGCAAGUGGCGCCCUCUACAGCCCACUGAGCAGGCCAAAAUAGACACCUCCACGACUUCACUCCACACCGGGGACCGUCAUCCUUUGUCUCAGCGACACGUGCACGUCGAGGCAAAUGUGUAGAAAAGCCCUGCCGUAAGUUGGACAUAGAAAAAGGAAUCGUGCAGCCGGAAUCGAGCUGGUGGAAAUUUCACUGAACAGGAUCCAAUGUCCACAACAACAUCCGUCGUCAUGCGUGAAUAAAGAGGACCUAUUUACAGUGGUCGAGAGCAUCCAGGACUCUUUUUGGUGUUUUUCAGUGAAAACUUCGAAAUAAUUAGGGAGAGUCAAAUUGGGAAUUUUUGG